CAGGGCCAAAAUCCGCUGACACAAUCGUACCCAAGUGAAUGAACUGAUCCUCAAGUCAGUAGCUCGGUCGGUCGUCCUCUACUGGCUUCAUUGACCGUCAUUGAGUUACGACUAGUAGGGAAAAUGACGUCAAGUUUGUUAUUGUGGAAAGAUUUGCCCUCGGAUGGGAAGCUUCUGGAACAAGCGGAUCCCGCCCAAACCCAUCCAAACGCCUUACGGGAAAAUGUGGAACGACUCGCCAUGGGUGGACUAGCCCGUUCCUCAUUUGCUCAGAUCGUAUCGGGACUACAAGCUCCUCAAACCAUCCAACACGAUGUGGAUCUUUUGGGCCGCAUUGUGGCUUUAGCCUCUCCAGGAGCCUCCAUUCAGAUCGUUCAAGCCGUCAAAUCAGGCUAUGACCCCAUCGAAUCGCCCUUGAUCACGACUGAUCGCCUGAUAUCGAACAUCAAACUAGCCGGAUUCGUCAACGUGGCUGAGCCUCAAGCGAUCCAAACGGAUCAUAAGGCCGAGAUUGCCCAAGCAUUGCAGUUGAUCGGUGACUUUCAAGUGGUAUCCGUCAAAUGUGAAGCCCCGGCCUUUGAGGUAGGAUCCUCUCGGUUGCUUUCAUUCGCCAAAAACGUCGCACCCAUGCCCGUCAGCCCGGCCGUGAAUGCUGUCUGGUCGCUGGGCAAUCUCGACGACGACGAUGUCGAUUUGAUCGACUCUGACCAACUCCUCGACGAAUCCGAUUGGGCCAAACCCAGUGCCGAAUCAUUGAGGGUGUGCGGAACCACGGGUAAGCGCAAAGCUUGCAAGGAUUGUUCUUGUGGACUCAAGGAAGAGAUCGAAGAGGGGAAAACUCCGACUAAGAAGACCGUGACAUCGUCGUGCGGGAGUUGUUACCUGGGAGACGCAUUUCGGUGCGCGAGCUGCCCUUAUUUGGGGAUGCCUGCUUUCAAACCCGGAGAAAAGAUUGCACUGUCUAAGCGGCAAUUGAAUGCGGAUGCUUAGAAGGUCACACAACAUCCGUGAUCUUAGACCAGACCCAGUGAAUCACUUCACAUCUUUCAGUUUGACGUAUUCAUUUUGGGACACACAGGAAGAUCAUCAUGGCCUUUGAGUUGUGAAUUUCCCACUUUUAUCUCAUCAACGAGAAAGGGUGAACAAUAAAACACUUCAGUUUUCCAAAAA